AUGUCAACUCGGCGGAUACGAACACAGUGUCGUUCGUUUGCUGUGGUGCUAGCUGCACUGCUCAUGGUUGGAAUCAGCGGGUGGUGCUUCCUCCUAACAAAAGGCGUAGGGCCACUAGUCGCGUAUACGCAGCAUGAAGCGCUAACUACUCUCGACCGGAACGCAUCACAUGCAGCGGCAGUUACUAGUCUUCGGAUCGGUGAUCAAGACAAGACAUCACAACCAGAGGAUCAGAAGCGAUUCGCCUACUUUUUCUACGUGACGACUGACACGUAUGCGUGUGCAGCGAUACAGUUUAUUCACCGUCUUACAAACGAUCUCCAAAUGAACUCGAGUCGCAUUGAUAUUGUCGUGCUGCACACCCGCCGAAUCGGUGAUCGACUUCUCCGUAAAUUACAUGAUCGAUAUCACGUUCGUACUAUACUCGUUGACCCUGUGAAGGCCGACGCAGCGGAACCGACUUGGAAAGAGUCACUGACCAAGCUACGGACAUUCCAAGACUGGGGAUACGACCGCGUCGUGUUCCUUGACGCAGACGCCGUGCCCAUGGCUAAUCUGGACCACCUCUUCGACCUACCUUCUGCUCCACUGUAUGCUCCGACCGCGUACUGGCUUGAACAGCCAUUCUUCGCGAGUACGUUGCUGGUAAUAGAGCCGAGUGGGGACGUUUUCAACGAUAUUAUUCGGUGGGCACGCGAACGUGGGGCCGCUGCAGGCUUCGACAUGGACAUUCUCAAUAAGUACUUCGCGGAUUCGGUACAAUACCUGCCAGGCGUAUAUACAGUACUCAACUCGGACUUUCGUCGAGCACCCAAUGAGAAAACGACUCUAUUCAACACGACAUCUGAGCUGAAGGAACAUGUCCAAGUAGUACACUUCUCGUGCAAGCCUGACGGCUCGUACGGGAAGCCGUGGAAAUGGCCGUCGCGUGAUUUAAGUUUGCUGGACGGUGAACAGUUCGACCCUUUAUUCCGGCAACUAUUUGUGGAUUACUGGCGGAGAGAGCAGGAACUCUGCAGCAGCUAA